AUGUCUGGCACAGAAGACGAGAUUGUUAUUAUAAACUUCACCUCAUCCACGAUCAUUGUCCGCGUCACCGCUGACAACGGUGACACGGGGAGUGCUGCAUUCCAAUAUAUCGACCCAAACGACUAUGGAGCGUGGACUCGGAGCCAAUGGCAAGUGGCCUUCGUGUUUCGGAAGGACGGAAGCUCGCAGGCGGAGACUAUGAUUGUGAAGCCUUCGGAGACUUACCAGAUCACGUAG